UAGCUCCUGAAACGGUAUCUCGCUAGGAAAAUCCUACUGUUACCUUCUUUGAAUCGACUCAUCGAAAAAGCCGACGCGACAUCACGAAAGAGAUUAGCUUUCGCCAUCAGAAGAGACAAAAUUGCAAGCCCAUUUGUGUUGCCUUGUCUGGUCGGUUAUUAGGGUUUUGUGUUAGGGCUUUUCUCUUAUCCUCUGUUUCUCGACCUCAAAACCCUCAAACGGAUAGAGAGAGAGAAAGGGAGGGAGGGAGAGAGAAAUCCACGAUAUGGGUUCCGCGACGAACGGGAAAAGAGACAUGGAGGAGGAGCCGAUUUUGACGGAACAGAACCAGAGAUUCUGUAUGUUUCCCGUCAGAUACAAGCAGCUUUGGGAGAUGUACAAGAAGGCUGAAGCCAGUUUCUGGACUGCUGAGGAGGUGGAUCUCUCUCAGGAUACUCAACAUUGGGAAACCUUAUCAGAUUCAGAGAAACACUUCGUUAGCCAUGUAUUAGCCUUUUUUGCUGCAUCAGAUGGGAUAGUUUUGGAGAAUUUGGCUGCUAGAUUUUUGAAUGAUGUUCAAGUCCCCGAGGCUCGUGCAUUCUAUGGGUUUCAAAUCGCCAUGGAGAACAUACAUUCUGAGAUGUACAGCUUACUUCUGGAGACAUAUAUCAAGGAUACAAAGGAGAAGCAUAGAUUGUUCAAUGCCAUUGAGACCGUUCCUUGCGUGUCCAAGAAGGCAAAAUGGACUUUAGAUUGGAUACAAAGAUACAAGCAGCUUUGGGAGAUGUACAAGAAGGCUGAAGCCAGUUUCUGGACUGCGAAUUGUGAAUGCUGUAAGGGAACUCGUGUCGAAGGAAUCUUCUUCUCUGGAAGCUUUUGUGCCAUUUUCUGGCUUAAAAAGAGGGGUCUCAUGCCGGGAUUGACGUUCUCAAAUGAGCUUAUAUCGAGAGAUGAGGGCCUCCACUGUGACUUUGCUUGUCUUCUAUACAGUUUGCUUCGGGAGCAACUUCCUCAGGAAAAAGUUCACGACAUUGUUCACGAAGCCGUGGAAAUCGAGACAGAGUUUGUCUGCGAGGCUCUUCCAUGUGAUCUGAUCGGGAUGAAUUCAAACCUCAUGAGCCAAUACAUAAAAUUUGUCGCGGACCGUCUUCUGGUGGCAUUGGGCUGCGAAAGGAGGUACAAUGUUGAAAACCCGUUUGAUUGGAUGGAGUUCAUAUCGCUGCAAGGAAAAACGAACUUUUUCGAGAAGAGGGUGGGUGAAUACCAGAAGGCAUCUGUAAUGUCGAGCCUCCAAAACGGCAGUAAAAACUACGAGUUCAAGAUCGACGAAGACUUCUGAAACUGUUGUUGAAAACCAAUCAAAAGGGAUCGUCAGAUUCUUUGUUGAGGGAACUCUCUCUAUAUUCUUUAUCCAGAAACAGAGAGAAUAGAAUCUAUUCAGAAAUGUAAGAGGUAGAUGCAAUAUUCGGUCCAAAGUUUAGGCAUAGCGGCGGCCAUUAUUAUGUUCUUCAUCUUGGCAUGGCUUAUGCCUUGUUGAAGUAUAUGUAUUAUUACAUCUUUUUAUCAUGUCAUAAUGCAUGAGUAAGUACACAUGCAGCACUCUGUUCUGAUGAUAUAUUUAAGAGACAUUUUGCAGGAACACCACCUGAUGCACGUGGUCGGGUGGUGGAUCUGUGAAUGGUAGCAGGUGUAGGUUUGAUUCCCCCCUUGUAUUAUAAUACAAACAUGAUCAGAUUCGGUCCUUGUCUUAUUCUAUAUUGGGUCUCAUGAUUGUUACAA